AUGGUUGCUAUCCUGCGUGCUAGUCCCAUGGGGAAAGAAGUCAGUUACCCGUCAAAAUUGGAAAUAAGAGCCAUGUCACAGAAGAUUAUAGACUAUUACCCAAUGUUACGGGAUGAUGAUCCAAACAUGCCUUAUCUGACUAUCUACACCAAAAUGUACAAGCGACUCCAAAAUAUGAGAUCCCCACGGAAGAAGCAAGGCUCUGUACCACAAAGAGGAGUGGCAAAGACAGCUCUCUUCAGUGCAGACAACCAAGACAUGGAGACGGAUUGGACAGACACAAGCAACUCAAGUGAUAAUACCUUACUUCUUGAGAGCAAUGAUGACCUUACCGAGGACAACUCCAGUGAAGCAUUCCCAGCACAUCGACCCCCCUCUGUGCCAAGGAAGCCAAAGACCAAAACCUUCCUGCUGCCAUCCGCAUCAGCCUCAGGCUCCUCACUCAGGACUGUGAUCGCUUCACCAACCACGCCUGCAAAGGAUGAUGUUGUCGGCCAGGACAGUCUGAAAAUGCAGGCUAGGCACUACAAAACCUUGAGCAACAUGUACAAUAAGCCAAAUGCAAAACCCAAUCAAAGUGAUGUUGCUCAAGUUUUAGACCUUGAGUUUAAGGCCAGACGGGCUUUCAUUGAUGCAGAUGUUACAAGGGAAGAAGACCGACCUGCAAAAAUCUUUGAGGCAUAUCCAUGCUUUAGAGAUGUUCGAAAUGCAAUGGAUGAGCUGCGGCGCAUAGUAGGUGGCACCAACAGCAGAUACAUCGAGGAAGUGAAAGGAAGAUGGGCAGACUUUUGUGCCAAGGUGCAGUUCUAUGGUGUGUGGAAGAAAGCCCUGAAACCCCCCUUUCCAUUGGAUGUCCGUGGAG